UUUCUAAGAAGAUGGUGCAAUGGUUAGAAAAAUCUCUCAAGUUAUUAAAUGCAUCAUAAACUAAUACUGUAUAUUACUAUACACAAAAAUCAAAGACUCCCUUUUUUUUAAUUGAAUCAAACAAAAUCCGAAAUUUCGAAAGGUCCGACUUUUCCUCACCUGAACCCGCGUUUUCUCUCCCCCUCCCAACCCAACUCUCCAAUUCGCCGGAAAAUCACCGCCACCGUCACUUCCGGCGUCCAUAUGAACUAAAGAGAUAAGCUUUUUUCUUCUAUAAUCCUUCUUCUUCUUCUUCCUUGAUCUCCUUUCUCUGAGUUUGCUGAGUUUCUUAACUCAGCCAUGGGUAACUGUAACGCCUGUGUAAGGCCAGACUCAAAAGAAUCAAAACCAUCUUCAAAGCCGAAAAAACCCAAUCGAGAUCGGAAAUUAAACCCAUUCGCCGGAGAUUUCACCAGAUCCCCAGCUCCAAUACGUGUUCUCAAAGAUGUAAUCCCUAUGAGCAAUCAAACUCAGAUCAGCGACAAAUACAUCUUAGGUCGUGAAUUAGGUCGAGGCGAAUUCGGAAUCACUUACCUCUGUACUGAUCGUGAAACCCACGAAGCUUUAGCUUGCAAAUCGAUUUCAAAGCGAAAGCUUCGAACAGCUGUCGAUAUCGAAGACGUUCGUCGUGAGGUAGCGAUUAUGUCUACUUUACCUGAGCAUCCAAACGUAGUUAAGCUUAAGGCUAGUUAUGAGGAUAACGAGAACGUGCAUCUGGUUAUGGAGCUUUGUGAAGGAGGUGAGCUUUUUGAUCGGAUUGUUGCUAGAGGACAUUACACGGAGCGUGCUGCUGCAGCUGUUGCGAGAACGAUUGCUGAGGUUGUGAUGAUGUGUCACUCUAAUGGAGUUAUGCAUCGAGAUUUGAAACCUGAGAAUUUCUUGUUUGCUAAUAAAAAGGAGAAUUCUCCACUAAAGGCUAUUGAUUUUGGCUUGUCUGUGUUCUUCAAACCUGGAGAUAAGUUUACAGAGAUUGUAGGAAGUCCGUAUUAUAUGGCUCCAGAAGUGUUGAAGAGAGAUUAUGGACCAGGGGUUGAUGUGUGGAGUGCCGGAGUUAUUAUCUAUAUCUUGCUCUGUGGUGUUCCUCCGUUUUGGGCUGAGACUGAACAAGGUGUUGCUCUUGCGAUCUUGCGGGGAGUUCUUGAUUUUAAGAGAGACCCUUGGCCUCAGAUAUCAGAGAGUGCCAAGAGCCUUGUGAAGCAGAUGUUGGAUCCUGAUCCGACUAAGCGGUUAACUGCUCAGCAAGUGUUAGCUCACCCAUGGAUACAGAAUGCAAAGAAAGCUCCCAAUGUUCCUUUAGGAGAUAUAGUCAGAUCUAGGUUGAAGCAGUUCUCUAUGAUGAACAGAUUCAAAAAGAAAGUUCUUCGUGUAAUUGCGGAGCACUUGUCUAUUCAAGAGGUUGAAGUGAUAAAGAACAUGUUCUCACUGAUGGAUGAUGACAAGGAUGGUAAAAUAACUUACCCGGAACUCAAAGCUGGGCUUCAGAAGGUCGGUUCACAACUUGGUGAACCAGAGAUCAAAAUGUUGAUGGAAGUGGCGGAUGUCGAUGGAAAUGGGUUUCUGGAUUAUGGAGAGUUUGUAGCUGUGAUAAUUCACUUGCAGAAGAUAGAGAAUGAUGAACUUUUCAAACUAGCUUUUAUGUUUUUCGACAAAGAUGGAAGUACAUACAUUGAACUUGAUGAGCUACGGGAAGCUUUAGCGGAUGAGUUAGGCGAGCCAGACGCCAGUGUUCUAAGCGACAUCAUGCGUGAAGUUGACACUGACAAGGACGGACGUAUAAACUAUGAUGAGUUUGUGACGAUGAUGAAAGCUGGAACUGACUGGAGAAAGGCAUCGAGACAAUAUUCAAGAGAGAGGUUCAAAAGCUUAAGCAUUAACUUGAUGAAAGAUGGGUCAUUGCAUCUCCAUGACGCUCUCACUGGACAAACUGUUCCUGUUUAAAUUUAUUCGUUAUCACCAAAAACAGAGCAAUGCUCCGUUUUUUCCCCAUUUCAUAAAUUGGGAAUUUUCCGGGCUUGUUCUUUGAGGGAUGGGAAUUUUACGGAAGCUAUGGUUCUUUACAUAUAUAAACAUUUUACAUUGUAUUUUGUAUGUAAUGUUUUGUUCAAAGGUUGUAUUUUUAUUGUCUCAAAGCCCCUAAACCAAAGAGUCAAAGGAAAGAUCUUUAUUACACUGACACCUUAUCAAACUCAGCAGAAGUCUUGUCCAUGUCCUUGUCCUUGGCCACAACAUCUUUGUAACGGUACCAAUGUGAGACCAACAAGAAAUAGGCCAAGUUUAGAGUCAUCAUACCAGCAACCAAGAAGUAGAAAUACUCCAAUCUUCCCUUGUUUAAAUCUUCCGGAAGCCAACUUCCUCCUGAAAAUCCCUCUGUGGUAUCGUGUACCGCCGAUAACAAAAAGGUGCUGAGGUAACUCGCCAAUCCGAUUCCACAAUAAUACAGAGAACCAGCAAAACUUCGCAUGUUCUCUGGAAACUGUUUGUAGUAAAACUCCAUUUGUCCAACUCCAGCGAGGGCGUCCGCGAUACCCAUUAGCACUAGCUGAGGAAUCAACCACAUACCGGACAUCGAAGAGAUUGCGCCUUUUCUUGGGGCCAACCCUAGCGUCGGUUUUGUGAGAGCUACCUUUCUUCUGUAUUGUUCU